CCCCUCCUCCUCCUCGCUACAUACCUCACCUCACUUCCCACGACGUCUCUCUCGAGAUGUCAGUGGCAGCGGACGUCUCUGACUGGAUCGCCACUCCUGCUCCAUUCAGUGGGAAUAAGUGCGGAAAGAACGCAGUGUUAUCAAGUGACAACUCCAUCGUCCAGCGGCGGCCAUAUCCUGAUGUCGACGUGGGUGAUUGUGUCUGUUACACAGUCCAUCCCCUGCCUCCAGGGCAGGUGUGGCAGACCACCGUCCUCGAGACUACCACUGGGUGGAGGGAUGGACUGUCUGUUGGAGUGACUGCCACUCUACCUGAUGUGGUGCCUUCUUACCUACUGUCGUAUGGGUCUGGACACCAUGAGUGGAACUAUGGGGGCAUAACAUUAUGGCGCAACGGGAGGGAGCUGUCUUCAGGUCUUCCCGAUCUCAGCAUUCUCAAACCUCAUCAAGGAGUCGGACUUCUUCUCACUGCUAGUGGUGAUCUUCAUGUCUUCUUCGAUGGACGCCAUGUGAAAAAGGUUGCAUCUGGUCUGCCAGUAAACGACCAUCUGUGGGGAGCAGUGAAUGUGUAUGGCAACUGUACCAAGAUCAAAUCUGAGCUACUGAGUGGUGAGUUGGAUGGUACAGUGGGCCCCGGUUAAUAUCAUACCAGAGGUGCAUCCAAAAAAUACGAUAAUAUGCGGGAUAUUCUAUAAUACAGCGGCGGGGUAUACUAUGUA